AACAGCGUCCGCACAUCGCCGGGAAGCCUUGCAGCAUGAAGCCUCGAUAGGUACCGCGGUGUUGCCGGCGGAUGGCGCUCUCCACGGGUCCGGGCGGUUUUCGCCCGGAGCCGGGCUUUGAGGCCGAAAAGGAUCCCAAGGCCCCCACGGUGGCCAAUGUGGACGAUGAAGACGUCUCCCCGGAGAUUUAUUUGGGUGUGGUGAAGUCGUACAACGACCGUCGUGGCUUUGGCUUCUUGGCCUGUACCGAGACGGCGGAUCGCUUCGGCCGCGACGUCUACAUGCCCAAGGCAGAGGCCACCAUGGCGGCCCUCUUGGCCAGUGGCAUCGAGCGGGAAACGGCUGUGCAGAUGGUGAACUCUGGGACCACCAGUAGCGCCGCCUGCAGCGCGGCGCUUCAAGCGCAGCCCAAGGGCCCAGCAGCUGCCAUGGCGGCGGCCACGGCCAACGACCGGAAGGAGGAAGGGGAAAAGUCCUCGGCCCCACGUCUAGCAGAAGAAGACUUGGUCUUCUUCCGUGUACGACUGAGUGUGGAAGGAUAUCCCCAGGCAGUUUGUGUGCAACGUCUACACAAGCUCACUGGCAGUGUGGUCCGUCCACCCUCAGGGCACAGUGGCAUCAUCAAGAGUGAGGAGGCAGUGGCUGUGUGUGGGCAAAGAGAGGUGGCCUUCGACCACCUUGCGGCCGGGCAACUCCGUGCCGUGCCUGGCGACGUCGUGACCUUCUGCAUUCCCGAGGCAGAAAGCAAGAUUGGCGUCCAAAUGGUGGCACCACCAGUAGAUCCUCACGCCAGAAUGGUGUGCUUAGCAUCUACGGAACGCCCCCAGGGCACUGUCUUGGGCUGCUUCACUCUGGAUUUGCCCCGUACCCGAAGCGAUGAGGGUCCAGCCGCAUGGGAGGCACCAAAUCUGCACCUGCCUUGCCACGCCUUUGGCGACAAAUUGGUCUUGGCGGGAUUGCCAUCGGAUUUGGAUGAAGCCGAGUUGCUGAAGUUCUUCUCCAAGCAGGGCGCCAACACGGCCAUUGUGGCGCACGCGCGCACCUCGUCCUUCGCCUCGAUCACCUUCCCAGGAACCCCCGAGGUGGCGCGGUUCCUGAGCCGCGUGGCGCAUGCCUACGCGGAUGAGAAGGGCACGUUGAUUGCCAGGCUGAUGCCCAAGAAACUGGACAUGGAGCAGAUGCCCACCCUACCGGCCUUACCUGCACCCAACCUCUCCACCAGUUCAGCUACCGGGGAGGACUUGGACGCAGGAAAUUUGAUGGUGACAUGGUCCCCCCUGGUCUUGGCCGUGGGCUACACAGUCGAACUGCGACCGGUGAAUGUCGGCUCCAGUAGCUCCAGCUGGCUCUCUGUGGAUGUGACCUCCAAAAAGCUGGGCUGCUCCAGCAAUCGCUUUGAUUUCAAUUGUUCCAGUUGUGUGGUGAACAGUUUGCAGAUUGGCACCGCCUAUGAAGCACGUGUCUCCUACUUCACGGACUGCAACACCAUGUCCGAAGCGUCUGACCCCUCCAAGCCGUGUCUGCCGGCGCAGGGGAAGGACGACGUGCCGGGCACCGUGCCCCACAGCGUGCCGGUCACGUCAUCGGCGCCAGCGGCACCACCAGCGCCGGUCAGUGUGUCCAGCGGUCCCAAUGAAGGAUAUUCCAAACCCUUCAGCAGUACCAUUUCUUUAUCCAAAUCCUUUCCCCCACCGAGUGUCCCUCCCCCUGCGCCCCUGCCGGCGCUGCCGCCCGGGCCGUCGCUGCCGGGCCUGCCUGGGCCGACGCCCUUGCAUCAUCCGCCACCACAUCUGCACCCGCCACUGCCGGCACAGCCGCCAUGGGCGUGGCCUGGGAAUGACGUCUAUCCACCACCUGACCCUGCCCUUGGACCAGGCUUCUCGGGUCCCUCAUGGCGUUCGCCCAGUGGCCUCGUUGUGCCGCCGCCGCCCGCGCCCGAACUGCAUCCGGAGGACGAGUAUGGCUUCGCCCUGUCAGUAAGGUGGCCUGCAGUGCUUCAAGCGGCUGCGUAUGUCGUCGAACUUCGGGAGGCGGAUACCACGUCCUUUGAACGCUUUGUGAGAUCUGCACCGGAGGCCAAGUUAGGCACCCUGGUGGAACUGCGGGUGGGCGGCUUGCGGCCCGGCCCCCCACCGGGGCGGAUCUAUAUGGCGCAGGUGCGCACCGUGGGUCACGACGGCUGGGAGUCGCUCCCCUCCCCGCCGGGCUUCUCGGUGCCGCUGCCGCCCGAGGACGGUCCGGCGGCCUCCAACCUGUCGGCGGAUGCGCCUGCGUGGCAGCCGGGGCUGGGUGGGCUGGCUCAAAGUAAGGAGGAGAAAUGGUGGCCACCAGCAGUUCUGUCGAGUCAAAGUACCGAUCCCUCGGAGCCCGCGAGGUCUUCGCUCUCCUGGACGCUGCCUCCACCCCCCUCUGCGCCGCCCACCUUGCGUGCGCCGGCGCCGGCGGGAGAAGACGGCACGGAUUGUUUGAUCCUUGAUUGAGCUCCUGGCCUGAUCCGGGCGACUUGCCGAAAUGUAAAAAUAGGAAGUAGAUGAAGUAGAUGUUCGAAAUGUCACCGCGGUCUGAAUGAUGAGACUAGCGACUAGUUGCAGGGCGAGUUGCUG